AUGGCGCCAGAGUCGGAAUCCGGCUCCUCCGCCCCCCUCCUCCGCGUCGGGUCCGGGCACCGCCGCGCCACCGGCGGCUGGAGGUCGGCUCUGUUCAUAAUCUGGGUGGAGGUGGCGGAGCGGUUCGCGUACUACGGCAUCUCCUCCAACCUCAUCAGCUACCUCACGGGCCCGCUCGGGGAGAGCACGGCGGCCGCGGCCGCGGCCGUGAACGCGUGGUCGGGCGCCGCGUCGAUGCUGCCGCUGCUCGGCGCCGCCGUCGCCGACUCGUGGCUGGGCCGGUACCGCACCAUCGUCGCCUCCUCCCUGCUCUACAUCAUGGGCCUAGGGUUGCUGACGCUCUCCUCCAUGUUCCUAUCACCUGGCAGCCAACAGUGCGACAUCUCCGCUGGCGGCCGGUCAGAAUGCCCGUCUUCCUCCCUCCAGACGGCUUUCUUCUACGUCUCGCUCUACCUGGUGGCUUUCGCGCAGAGCGGCCACAAGCCCUGCGUGCAGGCCUUCGGCGCCGACCAGUUCGACGCCACGGACCCCAUCGAGUCGUCAUCACGGAGCUCCUUCUUCAACUGGUGGUACUUCGGUGUCUCUUCGAGUGCCACCGUGGCCGUCGCGAUCAUGAGCUACGUCCAGGACAACGUCAGCUGGGGCCUUGGCUUCGGCGUGCCGUGCACGAUCAUGCUGCUCGCGCUCGUCCUCUUCCUGCUCGGCACAAGGACGUACAGGUUCUACGACUCCGGUUCUGGCAAGGAUGGCAGCGCGUUCUCGCGUGCCGGUGAAGUUUUUAGGGUGUGGCGCAAGAGAUCAUCAGAGGAUGGCACCAUGGUAGAGCACGGCGAAGACGCAGAGAACGAUGUGCUCGCGGAGGAGGUGAGGGGCCUGGCGAGGCUUUUCCCUAUAUGGGCGGCUUGCCUGCUCUAUGGCGUGGUGUUCGCGCAGUCGCCGACGCUUUUCACGAAGCAGGCAGCAACCCUGGACAGGAGGGUCGGGUCGUCCUUGUUUCAGAUACCACCCGCAGCGAUGCAGUGCUUCUUGGGUGUGAGCAUCAUCAUCUGCGUCGUGCUGUAUGACCGCGUCCUGGUGCCCGUGGCGCGCAGGAUCACCGGCGUGGCCUCAGGCAUCACCAUGCUCCAGCGGAUCGGCACGGGCAUGGCCCUGGCACUGGCUGCUCUCGUGGUCGCCACGCUGGUGGAGAUGAGGCGGCUGAGGGCGGCAAUGGAUGCCGGCGUGGUGGAUGUGCCAGACGCGGUGGUCCCCAUGAGCCUGUGGUGGAUGGUGCCACAGUACGUGCUCCUCGGCGCGGCGGAUGUGUUCACCUUGGUGGGCAUGCAGGAGUUCUUCUACGACCAGAUGCCUGGCGAGCUCAAGAGCCUCGGGCUCGCGCUCUACCUGAGCGUCCUCGGAGUUGGCAGCUUCAUCAGCAGCUUUCUUAUCUCAGCCAUCGACGGUGUGACGAGGAGGGAUGGUGGUACGAGCUGGUUUGCCGACAACCUCAACCGGGGGCAUCUGGACUACUUCUACCUGCUGCUUGCUGCGCUCACUGCGCUGGAGCUUCUUGCUUACCUUUACUUCUCAGCGUCGUACAUUUACAAAAGAAACACUGGCAAUCUCCACUAAUCCUGGAGUAUUAUGCAUUUGUGGCCAAUUAGCCACAAACUUAUAAACAGUACAGUGACAGUCUCAUCAAAAUUAUGGUACAACUGAGAACUCCCAACUCCAGCAAAAAACAAACAUCAAAGCGGCUGAUGCAGGGCCUGAAGGACGUUGUGCUCUUCUGUCUGAGGAUGUUUAUAACAACUUAUUCCAAUGUGUCACAGAGAAAGUUGCGUGGAGCUGUAUCCGCGAUAUGGUUUGUGGUUUCUCUAAACCCUUGAGACUUUCUUCUAUUCAAAAUCGAAGAUGCACGUUGUUCA